CUGAGGAAGACUUUGUGAGGAUUACUAUCCUCACAAAAUGAUGAGGUAAGUGAUGUGGAAGUUCUUCUAGUGAGCAAGGAUUGUGUUGUCCAGUCAUGAGUUCAGACUCUCAAAAGGUCACUGUAUUUUUUGUCAUUACUUUUCUCAUUUUUGUCAAUGCCUGGCUGCUGUUUCAGCUUUCUUUUGGAUAAAAGUCUUUUAAUAUUUUGUUUUCAAAUGAAGAGGAGCUUUCCAAACCACCACUGGAUAUAUGGGUUAUUUUUGAGGAUGUCAAAGAGUGACUAUUGUCUUUUUAUAUUAUGGCAAGAUCAUCUUUGCACGAGUGUGCUAGAACCUCUCUCUCGGAAUAGAAGUUGCAUUUUGUAGAUAUAUUACAUGUUUUUAUGUAUUUUGAGUGACGUAGGCGCAUAGAGAUUGUGCUUUUAUUCUGAAAAACGCAACCGGAAAUUUCGGCCAGUGAUUCUUUGUGAUCAUUAUCGGAUGUUUUCAGUCAGAUUUGUGUAAAAAUGUAAACUAGUUAACCAGACAGCUAUCAAAGUCCAUACAUUCAGCUUUUAAACAGAUAGUUUGCUGUCAAACGUUCUGAUAUUUGAAGACGAAACACGCUGCGGUUAUGCUAGCCUGUGAGGCAGCAAUUUAAAAGUCCUACAUGGAAACAGAGAUAACGGUACACAUAAACACCAUGGAUGUAUAGACACGUCAACCGGCCACUCCUGCCCGUUGGUGUAACUGUACUGAAAGUGAGCCGUUACAACCAAACCGAAACUGUUAGCCAGUAGCCAACACAGCCAACUCUCCAGAGGAAGAAGCACUCAGCAUGGCUGGAGGAUAAACUGACAACACGCGCAGGUGCUUGCACUUGCGUCGUCUUCGUCUUUAUGAGUAGCCCUAUGUCGGCUAGUCGGUUUUAACGGACAGUAAUCUGGCUAACAGAGAGUGGCGGUUGGUGGCCAUGUCGAGGUCAGCUGGUUGUUUCUGUUGUGGCUCUCUGAGCUUUUUAUAUCCAACGGCAGCAUAGUCCUGCUGGACCGUUAACGUUCUGUUAGAACACCGAGGACAGCGCGCGACCUUGGAGGACGUUGCCAUGGAUUUGACACGGAUGGCUGUGGAUGCUGGUCAGUUCAUCAACCGGGCUGUUCAGUACACGGAGGAGAGUCUUGGUCAGGCGGACAAGACAGGGUUGCCCCCCGGGCUGGAGGAGCGCCUGGUCCUGACAGACGCCACCAAGACCUGGACAGACCAGAUCAUCUCCCAGACGGAGGUUUUAUUGCAACCCAAUUCCGGAGCGCGGUUAGAGGACCGGCUGUAUGAGCAGCUGGAUUGGAGCGUCCCCCCUCGGCCUUGUGCACAUGAAGUACUGGGAGACCAAAUGACCCAGGCUGGGCUUGAGAUGGGGUCCAACACCCCCUAUGGAAGUGCACUGCUCAGGAAUGGAGAGGCUCAAAAGCAGCUUGGCGAGGCAGAGAGGAAGUUUGUCCAGAGCACUAACAUCCACUUUCUCACCCCGCUGAGGAGUUUCGCUGAGGGGGAAUACAGAGCCAUGCAGGUUGAGCGCAAGAUGUUGGUGAAUAAACGUUUGGACUUGGACAUCGCUAAGACCAGACUGAGAAAAGCCCACGAAGCCGACCGAGAGGGCAGAAACCUGAAUGCAAACCCGCUGGAAAACGACUACGUGUCUCAUGUCUCUUACAUGUUCAGCUUCCUGCGCGUUAAAUGGUUAAAGAUGUGGGCUCAGGAAAUCGCUCAGGCAGAGAUGGAGCUGAGGAUCUGUCAGAGUCUGUUCGAUAGACAAUCAGAAAUUACAGGACGAGUUGUGGAAGGAAUCAGCAACACUCACAUCAACCACAUGAGGAGCCUGACUGACUUUGUGGAGGCUCAGGCCUGUUACUUCGACCAGUGCAACCAACAUGCUCAGGAGCUUCAGAAGCAGCUGGCCAGCAUUCCAGCAGUCUUCUGCUCCAAUAACUGGCAGUUAGCAAUUAGUAAUGAAGUUAACCAGCUGUCCACAAGCAACCAUGUAGCCAAUGAGCCCGCCAGGGUAAAUCCGAUCACUUCAAUUCCCACAGAGAUCCACCAGAUUCCAGACUUCAACCAGGAUUCAUGGACUGCAAAUCCACCUGGAACCAGGCAGCCAAACAACAAUUUCAACAACAACAACUUGUUUUCUGAUGGCCACGCAACCAGCCACUGUUCAGUCGUCAAUCAAGCACUUGAUGGUGUCUCUACAUCAAAUUCGGGCAAUCACCGAGCAGAUCAGGUCUCAGCCAGUGCACGCCACAACGCAGCACCUGCUGCAAUAACUAAUGGAGCCGGUAGUGCGACAACAACGGCUGCCCCACCUUCUCAGCUCAGUGGAAACGAGUCUCAGACAGCAAAUGCAGUCGCCAGUGACACCAUAACAACUGAUGACAUGGCUAUUGAGACUUUGAAAACCAAUGACAUGGCUGCUGAGCCUCAAACAACCAAUGAAACUGCCAGCGAGCUGCCCACCGUUGUCCAGGAGUCUUCAGCUGAUUUAGAGCAGCGGUAAUUGGCAUUGUAAAUCUGAGAAUACAGACUGCAUUAUAAAGGAGAAGAUGUACAAUCAUUAUAUUGUGGUAUGGUAAAAAAAAAGUAUUUAUUCCCAUAGGGAAGAUCAUGUGGUUGUAAAAGUAUUUAUUUAUUUUUCUAAACGUGAUAUAGUGCCACAAUCAUUUUAGCCUUUAAAACAUAUUCAUAUAAUAUUCAUGUUGUAUGGAAAUGGUGACUGUUGUGUAUCAGUCCCCUCUUGUGGCAGUGGAUGUAAUAUUUCAUGACCGAUUGUUCUGUUUGCAGUGCGGGUUAUUUUUACGUUUAGCUAAAUAACAGAACUCAAUAAGCUUUGUGCCAAGUGUAUGUUUGUAACAUGAUUGGUGUGAAAACAUCGAUUUCUUGUGCGAGUGUCUCUGCGUGUUUGUGUCCAUGUCUGUGAGGCCCCCAUGUGCACACUUGUGUUUACAGCUUCCCCAAACCUGUUACACCUUUUGUGUGUGUGCGUCCAUGUGUGUGUGUGUGUGUGUCUGUUACCUCUUGACUCAUGUUACUGAAAAGCUGAGGUCAUUUUCCUUAUUAAACAUGUGUCUUACAUGUGUUUGGGAGUCCAGCGAGGUGCCAAAACACCAAGUUGAACAGGACCUUUAUGCUGUCGCAUGGUUUAAAAACAUGUUUCCUCAUGCACACUCUGGGUGUUUCCCCCUACACACAGUCCAAAUCCAAAUACUCACUUUUACCCCCAUUAGGUGAAAUGGGUAUAAGUUUCCAAGUCCAGAUGUUGUUAAUUUUCUUUGUGAGGGCAGCCUCGCUCUACUGUGGUGUGGGUCCACUCUGGGGACCCUGAAUGGAAACACACGCAUUAAUGUAGCACUGACCCUACUGAUGUAAUCACCCACCAGCUCUAUGCUUUUGUCCCAAUAUGUAAAGAUGUGUGUGUGUGUGUGUGUGUGUGUGUGUGUGUGUGUGAAUGGAUAGCUACAGUCUUCGCAUUCAUAGUUUUGAACAGCGUGUCCAUGCACUCAUAAUUAAGUCCCAUGUUGUACAUUGAGCUGACGUCAGUGUGCAGUUUGAUUCAUGUGGAAAUAAAUAUGCAAACAGUGAUGUCAUGUCAA